AUGAAUAACAUGCCCAUGGAAGAAGUCCAAGCAAUAGGAAAUUACCAAAGGCAACCUAAUAAUCCCCAUUCCAUGACCUACACCCCAGCUUGGAAGAACCAUCCAAAUUUUUCCUGGUCUAACAAUCAAAACACUCUCCAACCUUAUCCUCCACCUCAGCCACCAAAUCAACCUACCAUAAAUAGGCCACCUUAUCCACAGCAAUAUGCACACCAAAAUCCUCCACCUGGCUAUUAUCAACCACAAAAUAGACCACCUCCUCAAAUGUCAAUGAAACCAGCUGAAACCCAACCUGAUGUACUUAACCAAUUCAUGACUGAAACUAGGGCAUCCAUAAGAAGGCUAAAGAAGAGUCAGUCAGAAGAAGAAGAGAAGAAGUUGGAUGAUAAAAAGGUUACUGAAGACCUUAAGGAAGAAGAGGAGACCCCACCUGUAAAUAUUGAGCAUCAUGUUAGAGUUCCAUAUCCACAAAGACUUCGCAAGCAUAAUUUGGAUAAGCAGUUUGCAAAGUUUUUAGAGGUGUUCAAGAAGCUACAUAUAAAUAUACCAUUCGCAGAAGCAUUAGAACAUAUUCCUAGCUAUGUAAAGUUUAUGAAGGAGAUUAUCUCUAAUAAGAGAAAGAUGGGCGAUUAUGAAACAGUGGCGUUAACAGAAGAAUCAACUGGGCAAGCAUUGAUAGAUGUGCAAAAGGGAGAGUUGAAGCUGAGAGUUCAAGGGGAGGAAGUAGUAUUUAACGUGUUUAAGGCUAUGACUUAUCCUAAAGCAAGUGAUAGUUGUUUCUCAGUUGAUGUGGUCGAAGAAGUAGUAGAAAGAAAAAAAUUAAGUGAGGAUCCUCUUGAGUUGAGUCUUACAGUUGAUGAUGUAGAUGGUGAGGAAAAUGAAGUAGUGAUGGGUUAUUUAAAGUGGAUAAAAUCAGCUGAGCCAUGGAAGCAUAAGAAAUUUGAAGAAUUGGGUACAGGACUAGACAGACCAUUACCAUCGAUUUUGAAGCCACCUGUGUUAGAAUUGAAAGUUUUACCAGACCAUCUCCGUUAUGCUUAUCUUGGGGAAAAAGAGACUCUUCCAGUUAUAGUUUCAUCAUUUCUUUCGGAAGUAGAGGAGGAGAAGUUUUUGAGGGUGUUACGAGCUCAUAAAACUACUAUAGGAUGGACUCUGGCUGAUAUAAGAGGAAUUAGCCCAUCAACAGUUAUGCAAAGAAUUCUUAUGGAAGAUAAGGCGAAACCGACUAUUGAUGCUCAAAGAAGACUUAAUCCAACAAUGAAGGAAGUGGUGAGGAAAGAGAUUUUGAAGUGGUUGGAUGUUGGAGUGAUUUACCCUAUUUCUGAUAGUGCUUGGGUAAGUCCAAUGCAAGUAGUACCGAAAAAGGGGGGUAUGACGGUGGUGAAGAAUGAAAGCAAUGAACUGAUUCCAACUAGGACUGUGACGGGUUGGAGAAUAUGUAUUGAUUAUCAUAAGUUGAAUAAGGCAACGAGGAAAGAUCAUUUUCCUUUGCCUUUUAUUGAUCAUAUGUUGGAUAGGUUGGCGGGGCAUAACUACUAUUGUUUUUUAGACGGGUACUCAAGCUAUCACCAGAUCGUAAUUGCACCGGAGGAUCAAGAAAAGACAACGUUUACAUGUCCUUAUGGGACUUUUACUUUUCGAAGGAUUCCAUUCGGGUUAUGUAAUGCACCAGCCAUGUGUCAAUGGUGUAUGAUGGCAAUAUUCUCUGACAUGGUUGAAAAGUGGAUUGAAAUCUUUAUGGAUGAUUUUUCGGUGUAUGGGUCCUCUUUUGACACGUGUUUGACUAAUUUGGAGAUGGUGUUGAGAAGGUGUGAGGAGUCGCAUUUGGUGCUUAAUUGGGAAAAGUGCCACUUUAUGGUUAAUGAAGGAAUUGUAUUGGGGCACAAAAUUUCUAAGAAAGGAAUUGAAGUGGAUUGGGCCAAGAUUUCUACUAUAGAGAAUUUGCCACCUCCAAUUGCAGUUAAGGGAGUGAGGAGUUUCUUGGGCCAUGCAGGGUUUUAUCGGAGAUUUAUUAAAGACUUCUCUAAGAUCUCAAAGUCGCUGUCUACCUUGUUAAUGAACGGGGUUCCUUUUGAUUUUAAUGACGAGUGUUUGAUUGCUUUCAAGACUCUCAAGGAGAAGCUCAUUUCAGCGCCGAUAGUGUGUACACCUAAUUGGGACCUUCCGUUUGAGCUUAUGUGCGACACUAGUGAUUAUGUGGUUGGAGCAGUUCUUGGGCAGCGAGUGGAUAAGGUAUUUCGAACUGUAUACUAUGCUAGUCGAACUUUGAAUGAUGCUCAACUAAAUUAUGCAACAAUAGAAAAAGAAAUUCUAGCCAUAGUUUAUGCUUUCGAAAAGUUCCGUCCAUAUUUGAUUAGAAAUAAGGUGGUUGUCUAUACGGAUCAUUCAGCAAUAAAGUAUCUUAUGACUAAGAAAGACUCCAAGCCUCGUCUUAUUCGGUGGAUUUUGUUAUUACAAGAAUUUGAUGUGGAAAUUAAGGAUAAGAAAGGUACUGAGAAUUUGGUGGCUGAUCAUUUGUCUCGUUUAGAGGUUGAGGAAAAUUCUCUUAAUAAAGAUGUUCAGAUUAAUGAUGCUUUUCCGGAUGAGCAGUUGUUUGAAGUGAAUGUUUGCGAGGUUCCAUGGUUUGCAGAUUACGUUAAUUAUUUGGCUGCUAAGGUUAUACCUCCUGAGAUGACAAGAUGUGUGCCCGAAGAGGAGAUGUUGUCAAUCUUAACUCACUGUCAUAGUUUGCAUUGUGGCAAUCAUUUUUGCGGAACAAGAACAGCAGCGAAGGUUUUACAAAGUGGGUUUUACUGGCCUACAUUAUUUAAGGAUGCUAAUGAUUUUGUCAAAAGUUGUGAUCGUUGUCAACGAACUAGGAAUAUAUCAAGAAGAGAUCAAAUGUCGAUGACUACGGAUUAUGUUUCUAAAUGGGUAGAAGUCGCAGCCACUCCUACUUGUGAUGGGAAGGAAGUUAUUAAAUUCCUUCAUAAAAAUAUCUUUACUCGAUUUGGUACUCCAAGAGCUAUUAUUAGUGAUCGGGGAAGUCAUUUUUGCAAUAAGUGGUUCGCUGCUCUUUGUACUCGCUAUGGUGUUCGUCAUCGAAAGGCGUUAUUCUAUCACCCAAUUGCAAAUGGCCAAGCUAAAGUAUCAAAUAGGGAAAUAAAAGGUAUUUUGGAAAAGACAGUAAAUACUUCAAGGAAGGAUUGGUUGAAAAAGCUCGAUGAUUCACUUUGGGCUUAUCGCACGGCAUUUAAAACUCUGAUUGGUAUGUCACCAUAUCGAUUGGUGUUUGGUAAGGCUUGUCAUCUACCGGUGGAACUGGAGCAUAGAGCUUAUUGGGCUGUGAAAAAGUUAAAUGUUGAUCUCUUCAUGGCGAGGCAGAAUAGGCUUAUGGAGUUAAAUGAGCUUGAGGAAUUUUGA